AUGGCAGACACAUCGUCGCCGAGCAGCUCGCCGGCAAAAGAGGAUGUCGAGCUACCUGAUGCCCCUCCUGCGACCAACGGCACAUCAACCUCUGCCGAAGGUGACGCCAACAAAGUUGCUCUACAAGACCUGUUCGACCAAGACUCGGAUGAUGACUUCCCUACGUCCAGUGCGAUGCCAUCGUCGCCUCCUGCACAAGGCAAUGGCACUACAGCCCCAGCUGUACAGACCGAAAGCUACUCAGACCCAACCAUAAUGACCCAGUUCUAUGCCCGCCUCUUCCCCUUUCGAACACUAUUCCAGUGGCUCAACCACUCGCCCAAACCUGGCCCCGAUUUCGGAAACCGAGAAUUCGCAUUCACGCUCUCGAACGACGCUACCUACGCUACCAGUCAUACCCAACUCACGAUCUCUUACGAAAAGACAUCCUACGCCUCAUCCCCUCCCGCUUCGAAAUCGGGCCCGUCUACACCACCAACCCGCGAGACAGGAAGACACUAA